UCUUGAUCCAUUAUCGUAUGAUCCAUGGUUCGCACUGAUCGGCACCUGGCAAAUGACCCAACUUCGCAUCUUUUUCUUAAUAACCGACAUUCAGCUCCCUCAACGCUGCGCAUCACCAACUGCAUUUGGCGCCUGUGUUUCAUUUGAGAGACCAUCUGAUCCACCGACAAUAAUACAUAAAACGAACCCUACCGGGACGGCGGGUAUGGCAUCCAGAGGGAAUCUUACGCCACGGACUAUCAUGGCACCCGCAGCAGCAUUCACCAUGGCAUGCGUGUUAUUUGCUUAUACGCGGUCUUCUAUAAAAGAAGCUAGACGUAAUGCUCAACACGAACGUGAUCAGAGACGACAUUCAGGCGGGUCAAGCAACGGCGGCGGCGGCGGCGGUAGCAAGUGAGAAUAACAAGAAUGGCGACCUAACCGCCGAAUCAAGCAGGCUUCACCGCUUCUCUACGCCACAUUAUAUUACAUGGACGUCGGACAAGUUAGUAAUAUGAAGGAUAUGACUGACACGACGCAAUCUACCUAUAUUGGCUUGCAUUGGGUAGGGCGUGAGUCGAUGGCUACGAGACCAAGCUUCUACGGUAGAGCCAACUUGGAGGGUGAAUUAAUUAUCUUAAGGUCACCAAGGGGACGAUGAUAUGAUAUCAUAAAUGAUGCCUUGUGAGAGGUUUGAAGCCCAAGGCAUCAUCAGCUGAAGCUAUCGACAUAAGAUUAUACGAUACUUACAUACCUCUUACCUCUUACAUACCUACGUACAUGAUGAGACUUUUAUCAAGGAAUGACAGUUAACUAACUAGCAGUAAUAACUUGCAAGGUAUUAGUCAGCUAUCACUCA